AGUCAUAUGACCGCCGUGUACACAACAUUAGCUUUGCGUGACGCGUGCAGUACAAUUUUGGCAUGACGGUAACGGAGUUCGUACUAUGUUUGGUCUUUAUGGCCAUUUCAGCAAACCAGUUCAGAAUCCCUCCACACGAAGAGGUGGCGAGGAUGGCACGGUUUGUCAUUAACCAGUGUGACUGGGCCUCGAUGGCCACGAUCUCCACGCAUGACCCGGUGAAAGGACAGCCCUUCUCAAACGCUUUCGCAAUCAGCGACGGGCCAGUGGGCUACGGGACGGGAACUCCAUACAUGUACCUUACACGUAUGGAGAUCUCCGUGCAGGAUUUACAGGUGAAUCCCCAGGCCUCCAUGUCUGUGUCGCUGGCCCAGACUCCCUUCUGUAAGCAUCGUGGCUAUGACCCACAGAGCCCCCUGUGUGCACAUAUCAUCCUUUCUGGCUCCGUGGAAGAGGUGAACGGGACAGAGGCUGAUGUAGCAAAGAAAGUGCUCUUCAGUAGGCAUCCUGAGAUGAGUGACUGGCCAGUGGACCACAACUGGUUCUUUGCUAAAAUGAACAUCACCCAGGUUUGGGUGCUGGACUACUUUGGCGGUGUGAAGAUGGUGUCGCCUGAGGACUAUUAUAAGGCUACUCCAUAUAAGAAGCACCAUUGUAAGUGAAUUCCUGUUAUUGAAAGGAUUUGUUGUCCACUUGGACAUCCUAGUGGCAGAUCAGCUACACUGAAAUUGUUUAUGCUUUAAAAAGAGAGGUCUCCAUGCUGGCAGUGUAACCUUGAUUUUAUACAUACCCAGUGUGAAGGGCUUGUCACUACCAAAGCUUUUAUUUACAUCAUCCUUUUAUUUAUGCCACUGGUCACUACAGUAUGGUAUUACACCAGUAUUGCAAAAUAAUCAUGAGUUAGCAAAAUUUGACAAUAUUUCUCUCAACCAGACAUAAUAUAGUAUGUAUUCUGCCUAAACGCCAGUCAUUUCAAUCUUGUCUUUAUUGCAACACCCCAUAUAUACUCCACUGCUUGCUCAUAUCUACAGAUGGUCGAUAUAAUUAAAAUAUUCUUAUUACAUUUGUAAUGUUUCAUUUCACAGUUUUGUGUCUACAUGUUAAACCCAACUUCUUUUUUUUAACUAGGACUUGUUGUUCAGCAGUCCUGAUUAAGAAGACUUCAAUAGAUCAGUGGGUCUUUUCAGAAGUGGCUCCCAUUAAGGGCACAGUAUUUGGUUAAAUGUGUGCUUUUUUCAGUUUGAGUAAUGUACUUGCAUUUUACUGAAGGCUCUGUGAAGUACAUGAGCAAAUGGUAUUUUUAUACAUAUGUUUUAUAUGCAUAUAUAUUUUUAAACAAUGCAAUUUAAUGCAAUUCCAACUUUAGCAAGAAUUUGAUACGUAUUUGUACACGUAUAGGGCUAACAUGGUUGGCCUUAAUCCUAAUAUGUUUGUUCAACUGGAUAAGUUGACCUGUGAUCAAUUUUUUGCAUUUUGUAUGUGAUUCUUUUUCUAGCAAGACUUUGCAUUAUGCCUCAUUUGGUGUUUAUAGAUCUAGCAACGUCUGUUUCAUUCAGUGACUCUGGUUUUCUUACAGAUUCUCACAUGUAUUUUUGUUUAAAAAAGUGUUAGAGUGAAAAUGUUUGUCAGACUGGGACAGCAGGUGUAUUGGAAUAAAGUUUUAACUGAUUCAGAUAAACCACA